AGGGGCAGAAGGGUCUCAUCAGUGAGCGAGUGAAUGAGGGAGGCUUCAUCGAUUUUGUGUUGUUGUUGCGAGCCUCGUUGCUCAUGUUCGUGAGCGUACAGUAGGCGACGAUCUCCAGAUCUUUGAGUGAAUACUCUCGCAUUGUGACUCGAGGUUGAAUCGGCCUCAAUCGCAAGUCGGUGCGAGCUCGGAGGUGGAAGAAAUCUUCAUCUGAAGUUUGUGAGUCCUGCUCGUCCAUACAGGGUUAGCCGGAUCGCAUUUCGUGGUUUCGUUGCUGGAUUGGGUAUUUCAGGUAUGUGAACAAGUGAAGGGAGGGAAAAAUGUUGAGGCUACGCGCCUUUCGCCCGACGCAGGACAAAGUGGUGAAACUGUUGCUGCAUCCGACGUACCCAUGGCUUGUCACAGCGGAUGCGAGCGAUAACGUUGUGGUGUGGGACUGGGAGCAUCGCCAGGUUGUGUACGAGGUAAAUGUGAAAGGGGUCGAUGAACGUCGUUUGGUUGGUGCACAGCUCCAGAAGCUCGCGGAAGGCGAAGCUGAGGCUAAAUCCAAAUCUGGUAUUGAGGCCAUUCGGGGAGGAAGUGUUAAGCACGUCACCUUCUAUGACGAUGAUGUUCGAUACUGGCAAGCAUCAAUGGCCCGCUCAGCCGCAGGAGAACUCUCUAUCACCGCUGGACAGCAAUAUCCAGCCAGUGGGGGAGGUCACAUGACGAUCAAAGGCCGACAUUUCUUGGUUGUGUGUUGCGAGAAUAAAGUCAUUUUUCUGGACUUAGUCAGCAUGCGUGCUCGUGAUGUCCCUAGAACCACAUUCGACAGCAAAUCUCCUCUUUGUGUAGCGUUUCUACCGCGAUCAGGAGUUGUAGAAGGCCCUAUUGCUGCAUUUGGCUGUUCAGAUGGGAUCAUCAGGGUGCUGUCAAUGACACUGUGGCAGCUUGUGCGACGAUAUAUUAGUGGUCACAAAGGCCCCGUUGCAUGCUUAUUGACGUUUCAGGCCUCAUCAGGCGAGACGAUGUUGAUCUCUGGAGGUAAUGAUGGGACGUUGAGUUUAUGGAAUGUAGAUGGUCCCCAAGCAACAAAGGAGCUUACACCCAAGCUCUCAGUCAAGGUUGCUCAUGAUGGAGGGGUUUAUGCAUUAGAGCUUGCAAGGGUGCGGGAUGGUCCUCCACAACUUGUUAGCAUUGGAGCUGACAAAACCCUAGCAAUCUGGGAUACACAAUCCUUUAAGGAAUUGAGGCGUAUUAAGCCAGUUUCGAAAAUGUCUUGUCAAAGUGUAGCAUCUUGGUGUCAUCCUCGCGUUCCAAAUUUAGAUCUUCUUGUUUGUGUUAAAGAUCCUCAUAUAUGGGCAAUCGAGAAUUCAGCAUACGGGGCUACAACCAGACCACUUUGCGAUUUAACAUCACAAGUUCCCGCAUCGAUGCUUCAAUCUGGCAAAAAGCUGAAGGCUUACUGCAUGGGGGUGCACCCCUUGCAACCACAUUUAGUCGCAAGUGGAACCAAUUUUGGGGUCAUACUCAGUGAGUUUGACCCAAGAGCUCUGCCAGCUGCUGUCUCUCUUAUCACUCCACCUGGCAGUAAAGAACAUUCUGUCGCAUUCGCUGUUGAGAAGGAGAUUCGAUUGUUAACCUUCCAGCUUGCAGCACCAACAAACCCUACUGUAUCAAACACUGGUGUUCUAAUUGAGCUUAAUGGUCGCCCACGGAAUGAAACGCCAGAGGCACCACCGAUGCAGGUCAAGCAGAGCCGUAAGCGUGUGACAAGUGCAAGUCACGAUUCAUAUUCUGUCCUAUCUACUAGUUAUUCUGGAAAAUACGUAUCAGUUGUGUGGCCAGAUGCUUCAUCCUACGCUGUCUAUAGAACCACUGAUUGGCAGCUGAUUGACUCUGGGUCUGCUCGUCAUUUUGCAUGGGACACGUGCAAAGAACGGUUUGCGCUGAUUGAAUCUUCUCCAGUUCCUAGGCCACCUCCACCUCCUAAAGGUGGAUCUUCAAGGAGAGCUAAAGAAGCAGCUGCAGCAGCUGCUCAGGCUCAAGCUGCUGCGGCGGCAGCUGCUGCUGCAGCUACUGUGCAGAUCCGCAUCAUCUUCGACGACGGGAGUGUGAAUCUUCUGACUAAAUCCAUCGAAAAGCGAUCUGAACCAGUCACUGGAUUACAAGGAGGUGCCUUGCUGGGCGUUUCAUAUAAAAUGCCGAGGCGGACGAGUACUGCGAACUUGGGACUUUCAGCUGCAGCUACAGGACCAAGUGGCACCUUUGAGGAUACUGGCACUACCGCUACGAAAAUCACUGAAGCGCCAUCUAACUAUCAAUUGUACAGCUGGGAGACUUUCAAGCCUGUCAGUGGAAUGUUGCCGCAACCAGAGUGGAGUGUUUGGGAUCAGACAGUAGAGUACUGCGCACUUGCUUAUCAGAGAUACAUCGUCAUUGCGUCUUUGCGCCCGCAAUUUCAGUACCUAGGAAAUGUGGCAAUUGGAGCUGCAACAGGUGGUGUGUGGCACCGUCGCCAGCUCUUUUUAGCUACACCCACAACUAUUGAGUGUGUUUUUGUGGAUGCGGGAGUGAGUGCCCUUGAUCUUGAAAGAAAAAGGAAGAAGGCAGAGGAGAAGGCCAUGCGGGCUCAAGCAAGUGUCACUAAUAAUGAGUUGGCACUGCUAACUGUUGAGGGACCCAAAGCAGUCAGUAUUAUGGACAGGCUGGCUUUGCGGCCUCCCAUGUUACAGGUGGUGAGGCUAGCUUCUUUCCAAACUGCUCCCUCAGUACCCCCUUUUGUGUCGAUGGCGAAGAUACAAAAAGGUGAUGGAGAAGCGCCCAACCCUCUGAAGGAUUUGGAAGGAGGUAGAGUGAAUAAUGAACCUGUCGUGGCCGGAGGGGGUGUUAAUGUCGCAGUUUCCAGGCUGCCCCCGGAGCAGAAACGUCCAGUUGGGCCUCUUGUGGUGGUGGGUGUCAAGGAUGGUGUUCUUUGGCUAGUUGACAGGUAUAUAAUAGCUCACGCGAUAGCUUUGAGUCAUCCAGGAAUUCGAUGUCGAUGCUUAGCUGCAUAUGGAGAUGCCGUUAGCGCUGUGAAGUGGGCUGCUAGGCUAGGUAGAGAGCACCAUGAUGAUUUGGCAUAUUUCAUGGUUGGGAUGGGUUACGCUAAAGAAGCUCUUCAUCUGCCGGGGAUUUCUAAGAGAUUAGAGUUUGAUCUUGCCAUGCAAAGUGGGGACCUGAAACGAGCAUUGCAGACGCUCAUAAUUUUGAGCAGCAGCCGAAGUAUUGGGCAGGAUAUUGAUUUGAGCACAGAAGGAAUAGGUGUUCUCUCUCUUACGGCCACUCAAGAGGCCAAGGCUGAGGCAGUUUUUGGGGUGGUGAAAUUUGCUCGAGAAUUCCUAGAUUUGAUUGACGCUGCUGAUGCCACUGCACAAGCUGACAUUGCUGGACAAGCAUUGAAAAGAUUGGCAGCUGCUGGAGCAGUGGAAGGAGCACUUCAAUCAAAGGAGCUACGAGGACUUUCACUCCGUCUCGCAAUUCAUGGCGAAAUGACAAGAUUGGCUGUGCAAGUGAACACUAUGUUGUCUGCUGGACAGGGACGAGAAGGGGCACUAGCAGCCGCUCUCUUGAAUGAUCCCAACCUCAUGGAAAAGUCUUGGCUGGACACUGGCAUGUUCGCUGAGGCUGCUCUUCAUGCUCAUUCAAAUGGAAGGCCAUCGUUUAAGACAAUCAUGCAACAGUGGAACAAGGUCCUUCAGAAACAACAUGGAGCUGGUGAUGUAGCAAAACCCAAGCCACUAAAUCUCACUCCUGUUUCGGGAGCAGAUCUCCUCGCACCAGUGGAAGCACCCUUGCCUACUCCAGACAAAAACAGCACUGUGCCUGGCUUGGUUACUCCACAACAGCCAACCAAAGAGCCAAUUAUUGAGAUUGUUGCUCCUCCUAGUGUAUUAACAUCUGGACUUAAGGUAGCGGCACCGCCUUCUAAACCGAAUGCAGGUCUCCUUCCAGGUCCAGGAAUGCCUCCAGGAAUGGUACAAAAUGCCUUGCCAGCUCCAGGAAUGCCUCCAGGACUGGCACAGAACGCCUCGCCAGCUCCAGGUCAGCAACUUGCUAUUGAAGGUCCCCAACCACCAGCUCAACCUGGACAGCAACUUAUGAUUGAAGGACCCCCAGCCGCUGGGGCUCCAACACCUUACCAAGUGCUUGGAAACGAGCUGGUUCCAGUGACACCAGCUACGCCAGUCUCCUUUCCCGGUUCCCAAGUGUCCUUUGAAGGCCAGCUUUUAGGAGUUGCUCCUCAACCAUUACAAGAUCCCUUACCUCCUCUAGCCUUCCAAUCAGGACUUCCACCUUCAUCUGGAGGCCAACUUGUGCAACCCCCUAUGAAUGGCUUUGAAGCCCUGGGGAUGACUUCUUUUGUUGCCAAGUCGCAACCUGUUGCAGAUUUCUCAGAUCUAGACGGAUUCAAGGCCUUGAAACCCCCAACUUCUGGUAUUGGUUCCCAGCCGAUCGGAGACUUCUUCUCUUCUGGUGUUGGUUCUCAGCCGAUUGGCACUGGCAUGCGUUCAUCUUCUUCAGCUUCUGCUCUGAUGGAUCUCUCUCCAUCUCCUCCUACCUCUGCAGUACCACCUCGGGCUGGAACUCCACCACCAGCUAAUGGUAGCAAUGAGUUGAUAUCUCUAACUUGAUAAAUACUUUUGAUGCAACCAGUUUGGAUUUAAAUCUCUUGCGAUUCUUCUGCAGUUGAGUCACUUCUGUAGAUCUAGUAUAGAUAGUGAUUCCUUUGAUGAUUAUAUUGUAGGAGCUGUGGAAUAGAUUAAUGAUAAUGCAAAUUUACUCGCACAUGCUUUUUUUCUUGAAGAAAGUGAAAACAAAUAAAACCUGUCAUCAAGGCCGUGGUAUUUUCCCGUUUAAA